GGGAGAGAGACAGCUUCUCGAGCCUGGCUCGUGCUCGCAACUCGAGAGCAGCGCACGCGCGAACUCCCGUCCGGCGUUAAAGAAGUGCGCGCGAACUUUACAUCAGAGAGGAGGACGUGUCAGUGUGUGUGUGUGUGUGUGUGUACGUGUGCGACUACAGGACGCGUGCAGAGUGCAAGGGUCUCUAACCGUUUGGACUGCUGACUGUGUAGGGGGGGGGGACACACGCGCGCGCACGCGCAAACUCACACACUCGCGCGCACGUAAGUAUAUAUAAAUAUAUAUGAGCGGAGCAAGAAGCUGAGGAUCCAGAGCUCGCGCGGUCACCUCCGCACUCAGGAAGCUUCAUUUUAUCAGCUGUGUGUGUGUGUGUGUGAGAGAGGCUCUAACACACUCCCAACAUGUCGUCCCUGUUGGUCGGGACCCUCAAAAGGUGGGAUGUCUUGGGUGCAGCAGUCGGAGUCCGCUCGCUGGCCUCCGUCCAGUCUCUGCCCAAAGCCGUGGCCGAGUUCGUCUCCGAAGCCGUGGCGGAGUGCAAACCCGCUAAAGUGCACGUGGUGACCGGCACGCCUCAGGAGAACGCCAACAUUCUGGCUGGUUUGGAGAAAGAAGGCAUGAUUAAAAAACUGCCCAAGUAUGAGAACUGCUGGCUGGCUCGUACUGACCCUAAAGACGUGGCUCGUGUUGAGAGCAAGACGGUGAUCGUCACUAAAAAUCAGAGGGACACGGUUCCCAUUCCCAGCGACGGCGCCAAGAGUCAACUGGGCAGCUGGAUGAGCGAGAGAGACUUCCAGAAAGCCAGAGAGGAGCGCUUUCCUGCGAGCAUGGCAGGACGGACGAUGUACGUCAUCCCCUUCAGCAUGGGUCCGGUGAACUCCUCUCUAGCUAAGUUCGGCGUCCAGGUGACGGAUUCUCCGUACGUGGUGGCCAGCAUGGGUGUAAUGACCCGCAUGGGCACGCCAGUCAUGGAGAAACUUGCGGAGGGGGCGGAGUUCGUUCGCUGCCAGCACUCGUUAGGGCGACCUCUGCCGCUUAAAGCUCCAUUGAUAAACCAGUGGCCUUGCAAUCCAGAAAAGGUGCUGAUCUCACAUCUCCCAGAUAGCAGGCAGAUCCUGUCUUUCGGAAGUGGUUACGGCGGAAAUUCGCUUCUGGGAAAGAAAUGUUUUGCUCUUCGUAUUGCCUCUCGCAUUGCCAAGGAUGAAGGCUGGCUAGCUGAACAUAUGCUGAUUCUGGGAAUCACAAAUCCUCAAGGGGUGAAGCGGUACAUUGCGGCAGCUUUCCCAAGCGCCUGUGGGAAAACCAACCUGGCCAUGAUGAAACCGACGCUGCCGGGUUGGAAGGUUGAGUGCGUGGGAGACGAUAUCGCCUGGAUGAAGUUCGACAGUCAGGGUAAACUUAGGGCUAUUAACCCAGAGAACGGCUUCUUCGGCGUGGCCCCGGGAACCUCACUGAAGACAAACCCUCAUGCCAUGGCAACCAUUUCAAAGAACACAAUAUUCACAAAUGUGGGCGAGACGAGCGACGGCGGCAUUUGGUGGGAGGGUCUCGAACCACCGCCGCCUGGGAUCUCUCUGACCGACUGGCUUGGAAAUUUAUGGAAGCCUGGUAAUUCAAAACCCUGUGCACACCCGAACUCCAGGUUCUGUACCCCCGCGGGUCAGUGUCCCAUCAUGGACCCCAUGUGGGAGAGUGACGAAGGAGUGCCGAUCGACGCCAUCGUAUUUGGCGGCCGGAGACCAGAGGGAGUGCCUCUGGUGUAUGAAUCAUUUAACUGGCGCCAUGGAGUGUUCAUUGGUGCUGCCAUGAGAUCAGAAUCUACAGCAGCUGCAGAACAUAAAGGUAAAGUCGUCAUGCACGACCCCUUCGCCAUGCGCCCGUUCUUUGGCUACAACUUCGGCGACUACCUGAAACACUGGCUGAGCAUGGAGACCAGAAAAGCACCCACGCAGCUCCCCAAGAUCUUCCACGUCAACUGGUUCCGGAAAGAUCCGCAGACCAAUUCCUUCCUGUGGCCCGGGUUCGGAGAGAACUCCAGGGUGCUUGAGUGGAUCUUCCGUCGCUGUGGGCGCACAAGCGAAAACGAAGCGGCCCAAAAGAGCAUGGUAGGCUGGUUGCCUGAAGAGGGCGCCAUCAACAUGGAAGGCCUGGACCAGAAAGUCGACAUGAAGGCGCUCUUCGACCUUCCUAAACCUUUCUGGCAAAAAGAAACCCAGGAGAUAAGGGCCUACUUUACCCAGCAGGUGGGCGCUGACCUACCUGAGCAGGUAGCGGCGGAGCUACGUGCGCUCGAGGAGAGAGUUCGGGAUUGAAGGAAAGAGACAUGAUGUUUUUAAAAUACACUAUUUUUAAAUGUUUGUUGUAUUGUGUAGACGGAAAUGACCUAUUGUUUUAGCUGCAGUCUUCAGUCCUGCAAUGAAAUUCUAUAAUAAUAAUAAUAAUAACAGUAAUAUACACCAGCCACAUGAAGCAAAGUCUCAGUGACUUUAACUUAGUGCCAUGUUGUCUUGAUGGAUUUCAAGAGGUUUACUUUGAUAUAAGCAGUGACGAGCAUCUAAGUGGCAUUGGACCAAUGUUUAAGAGAGUUACAAAACUGUUGUAAACGUGUUUACUUGACCUGGCUGAAUAAAUAACUAAAAACA